UCUUCUGUUGAAACGGGCAUUUACAAGGAUCCUUUAUACCUGUCACCAUGUGUUUUAUAAGCAGCUUUCUGCGUGGAUGUUACAUGGUUUGCUCUUAGAUCAGAAAGGAGAGUUCUUUAUUGAAAAGAUAGAACUGUCACAAAGCAGUGAGGUGGAGCAAAGAGAAGUCGAUGAAGAGGCACCCACCGCAGGCCCAUUUUCAGCAACUGAAAAAGCUACUAGUGAAUUUCGAAUUAAUGGCCAAUUAGCCCCUUCCUACCUGCCACAAACAGUUCUUGAAAAGAUUUUAUUCAUUGGUGAAGCUGUGCAGAUUUUCCAGACACUCCAUGCCAGUGGUGCACAUCCACCACUUGCAAGCUUUUCCGUCAGCUCAGGAUAUCAACUUCGUGCAGACCUAAUGAAGUUCAGCUGGAUGCUGACUGUGUUACAAAAUCAACCUAUCCUUCAAUUACGUGACUUUGAAAACAAAAUUGAAUACAUUAGGAAUGUUGUUGCACAGCAUUUGUGGAGACUUCUUGUUGAAGAAUCAAACUUGGUUGGCCAUUUGCAUGUAGGUAUAUGCAUUAUAGUGUAACUGCUUUAAGUAUUAUUGCAUGCAAAUUGGGAUUUUUCUACUUGUGCCCAGUGAUGCAUGUUUAGGUUUCUAGACAGCACAUUUAGAAACAAGGUAGUCUUAGCUUCCGGAGUAUAUACUUCCAGUUGCAUAGCGCCCACAGACUUCAAUACAAAGUGAAGCUACGUGGUGAGGCUAUACUACACAUAGGGAUACGUAUAUUCAACACUGAAAAAUUGUGAGUGAAAGAACAAUGUUUCUUAGCUUACUUAAUCGACAAGCCUGGAGACCUAGUACACGUAGCUUUAGAGUAUUGUGACUGCAUCAGACAAACAACAAACAGAAAAAUACCGCAUUUAGGCGACUACGUAGGUAGGUUUGCUCAGUUAACAGUAAAGAACUUGGUUUAUGUUACAAAGUGAGGGUAUUACACAAGCUGGUAGCAAUGCUCAAAAUUACUGCUGUUUUCCCACUCCAGGUUAUGAAGGACAUAUUUCUACUUGGCCGUGGAGAAUUAUUCUUGUCAUUCAUUGAUAUGGCUGAUAUAUUAAUGAAGCAGUCACCAACUAGUACUACACAGCAUGAUAUCAAUGUUGCAUUUCGACAAGCGAUGAUCAAGAUAGCAAUGGAUCACGAAGAACUUGCUAAGCAGUUUGAACUGACUCUCUCCCUUCCACCUGUGCAAUCUAGUGGAGUGUCUUUAAAGUCUAAGAUGACAAAUUCCUGGAAGUAUGUAGGCAUGUCACACAAGGUUUCAUGGCCUCUACAUGUUGUGUUAACACCAGCUACCCUGGAAAAGUACUCAGCAUUGUUCCACUUUUUGCUGUCAUUAAGACGGGCACAAGCCUAUUUACAACAGUGUUGGGCAACACUUAUGACAAUUCGAACCGGGGCUCAUUGUCUACAAGCAGUUUGGCAGUUAAGAACUCAUAUGGGGUUCCUAAUUGAUAACCUACAGUAUUAUGUACAGGUAGAUGUACUGGAGACACAGUUUUCACAACUUCUAAACAGGAUCAAAUCUACCCAUGAUUUCGAGGCUGUCAAAGUUGCCCACAGUGAUUUUGUCAAGACACUUCAGUCGCAGCUCUUCUUUACAGAACCAAUCCGGCGUUGCGUUUAUGAGAUACUGGAGUUGUGUUUCUCAUUCAGUGAGCUCAUUCAGACUCUGAGAAGAGAAGAGUUUGUGUUUUCGUCAAAAGAACAAGAGGCUUUCCAUCGCAUAUCUGUGGACUUCAGGAGGCAGUCAUCACUUUUGUUUAGAGUACUCUCUGCUGCAAAGAACCAUCACUCUGCACCUCACAUAGCUCAGCUUUUGCUUAGAAUUGACUACAAUAGGUACUUCACUAAUCUGUCAUAGCUGGAUUGUUCAUCCUUUUGUGUAUUAUUCCCUGUUUAAUAACACUAUAAUCUCAAGAGCUGCGAUGCAUACGUAUUUACACAUAACUUUACCAGC